AUGAGCGAGCACAAGCAGUCCAUCGCGCUGGAGAGCGGUGCCAAGGAGGCGGACACGGUGAAGAGGGUGAGAACCCUCGGCACCGUCCAGCUUCGCCACCAUGAAACCAACGAGGUCAUCCUCAUCCCCACGCCCUCCAACGAUCCCAAUGACCCGUUGAACUGGUCCCAGGCGUAUAAGUACUACAUGGUGAUUGUCAUCUGCUUAGCCAUGAUGAUGUCCAACUUCCUCGCCGCAGGCCCAACCAUCGCCAUUGUAUCAACCUCCAUCAGCUUCUUCCCCACCCUCCCCGUCCCCGCCGCCAUCAGCAAAGUCGCCUACUUCUUCACCUGCACCGCCCUGCUCCAGGGAACCAGCAACUUCUUCUGGGUACCCCUCACCAACAAGUUUGGCCGACGCCCCGUCUACAUCACCAGCUACCUCCUCUACUUUGCCUGCUGCGUCUGGCUCAUCUUCGAGAAGCGCUACGGUGCCUUUUUGGCCGGCCGUAUUCUUCUGGGCAUCGGAGCCGGUGCCGCCGAGACUAUUGCUCCCCUGUCCAUCGCUGAUGUGUUUUUCUUGCACGAGCGUGGCUUUGUCAUGGCCCUCUACACCUGCUUCCUCUCCAUCGGUGUUGCUGGCGGCAUGAUCAUUGACGGCUUCAUCGUCCUCCACCACGACUGGCGCGUCAUCUACCAAGUCGCCGCCGGCCUCAUCGGCUUCGUCCUCCUCCUCGCCAUCUUCUCCUUCCCGGAAACAGCCUACAUCCGCCCCAUCCCCGCCGCCGCCGCCGAGGAAGCCGACACCGCCACCACCGACAGCCUCUCCAAGGGCGCCGCCCCUUCGCACGUCGAGGACGACGCCCCCGCCUCCGUGCCCGCCAAGGAGACGUACCUGCAGAGCCUCAAAAUCUACCACCGCUCCGUCACCAUUGGUUUCCUCGUCGCCGUCACCUCCAACGUCGCUCCCGCGUUCCAGGCCGCCUACGGCUUCGAGCCCUGGCAGGUCGGCUUGUGCUUCGUCGCCGCCAUCGUGGGCUCGCUCGUGGGUAUUCCCGCCGGUGGCCAGUUUGCCGAUGUCUGCGCCGACUUCUUCACGCGUCGCAACGGCGGUGUUCGCGUCCCCGAGAUGCGUCUGCCCACCAUGACCCUCUGCCUCAUCGCUACCCCGCUUGCCCUCGUCUUGUACGGCGUGGGUAUCGAGAAGCAGCUGCACUGGAUUUGCCCUACCAUUGGUCUCGGCUUGCUCAACUUCUCGAUUACCCAGGGCACCAACGUGUGUCUCGUCUACGUAAUCGACGCGUAUAGGCCUGUAGCGGGCGAAAUCACCCUGUCCGUCAUGGGCUUCAAAUCCAUGUUUGGUUUCCUUCUCUCCUUCUACACCAACCCCUGGGUUGAGCAGUCCGGAUACAUCAACGCCUACGGCGCCAUGGGCGGAAUCGCCGCCUUUGUGCUCCUCUUGUGGAUUCCUCUGUACAUCUGGGGCAAGGCCCUCCGCCACGCUUCCUGGCACUGGCCCGUCCUCAGCGCCAUUCACUGGAACGAGGACAGGGAGGUUGGAGAGUAA